UUUUCAGACCUCAUAUAUCUGCUACAUGGCAGGAUGCUUGCUUUUCAUUCUAAUCAUAUAUGCGGCUUGAGGUCCGGACGUAGAUGCCUAUCUUGAUGGAAAAAAGGAACCUGUUUGACACCAUGAAAAAAGUUGGACUUAUUGGAGUGUUGCUGCUACCACAGGCAAAAUCAUCACCAGGUUGUCAUCCUCAUGUUAAUCUUGUGAAAGAGGAGGAAAAGUGCAUGACAGAUGUGCUACUUUUUAAGCCACAAAAAGCAACAGAAAACAAUAUCAGUGUACAUUGUAAGGGAAUGUGGGAUGAUCUGAACUGCUGGCCACCUGCUUCUCUUGGGGAAACAGUCUCUCAACCAUGUCCAGAAUUUUUCAAUUCAGAAGGGACAGUACAUCGCAACUGCACUGCCAGUGGGUGGACAGACCUACUCGUCCCACACGAAGACGCAUGUGGCUACACCUUCAAUGAGACGCUUCACUUUCUCGGAGAGUCCUCAGAUUCCCAUUUGUACUUCUCCUACGUGAAGACCAUGUACACAGCUGGGUACACACUCUCUCUCAUCUCUCUCACCAUCGCCAUCACCAUAUUCUGUCUGUUUAGGAAGCUGCACUGUACCAGGAACUACAUUCACAUCCAGCUCUUCAUCUCCUUCAUCCUGAGAGUCAUCUUCAUCUUCAUCAGAGACUAUCUGCUGUUUACCAAUGAGGAGCUCUACCACUGCGACUACUACCCGGUGGCAUGUAAGGUCGUUCUGAUGUUCUCCAACUACUCCAUCCUGGCAAACUACAGCUGGCUGCUGGUGGAGGGCCACUUCCUCUUUACCCUGGUGAGCCGCUCCUUCUUCUCCCUGAAGAAACACCUCGCCUGGUACAUCGUCCUGAGCUGGGGUUUACCAUUGCUUGUUAUUGUCUCCUGGGGGUGUGCCAAGUUUUUUUAUGAAGAUGAAGGAUGUUGGGAAACCAGAAGCCAUGAAUGGAUUUGGUGGAUACUUCGAGUCCCAGUUCUCCUAACUAUAUCUAUGAACCUCAUCUUUUUCUUGGGAAUUUUGAGGAUACUGGUGAGCAAACUGAGGAUGCCAGUUGCACAGAGGAACGAAUUCAGCCAGUACAAGAGGCUGAUCAAAUCCACAUUCUUUCUGGUGGCUCUGUUUGGUCUGCAUUACAUCCUGUUUGUUUUCUUACCUGUUGAAGUCAGCAGCACGGUCUUUAAGAUAUGGACCAUUGCAGAGUUGGCUCUGUCAUCCACGCAGGGUUUCGUGGUCGCUGUCCUUUAUUGCUUCAUGAACGGAGAGGUGCAGCAUGAGAUUCAGAGGAGGUGGAGGAGAUGGAGGCUCACUCGGCACCUGCCCAGUCGGCGCAGGCAGCAUCACAGCUCCAUCAGCCACAGUGGGACUCCUCACACACAGGUCUCCCUGCUGCCUUGCUCUCCAGGCAGCCCGACAACCGGCGGACUCCCCGUGGAUACUGUGGAGAUGUGAUUCAAGUGGGGACUGGUUCAUUUUCUCUCACUUCUCAUCAAUACAUAAUGGAUCUUGGCUUAGUACAGACUGUCAAUUAGUACACCACAGCAGCUUGAGUGUUAAAUACAGUGGUACUGCAAAAAAUGCAUAUUUUUCUAAUCCCUGCAGUGUUUUUAUUUAACUACAUGAUUUUUUAAUGUUCAAAUGUCAUAGAUAAAAUUUACAUUUAUGUCGAGAUGUUUGAGAUUUUGGCAGACAGAAUUUGGUAGGAAACCAGAAAGACUAUCCAUCCACCACCCACAGUUAUGGAGAUAUUAAAACUCUUAAUUAAAGGGGCCACUCCAGGAAUGGUUCAAAUUGAUGCAGUAGAUGCCAAGAUAUGCUGACUGUUUGCUAUUCGUGUGGUUAUAAAUAAAGUUCUUAUUAUUAUUCUUAUA